GGAAGCACGUUUUGUUUACAGUAGAUAGACCACCGAGUUAUUUGUAUUUUAGGAAAAAUGGGAAAGAAGAGAAAAAAUGAUGACAAUGACGAAUCAGAAUUUGAUCCAGUUGCCAAGCAUUUACGCACUACUCAUAUAAAAAAUCAAGAAAAACGUCUUAUUGUUAUAUUAGAAAAUGCUCAAUUGGAAUCUGUUAAGAUUGGUACUAGUUUCGAAUUGUUAAAUUGCGAUGAUCAUGCAAGUAUUUUAAAGAAAAAUAAAAGGGAGCCUGGAAGUAGUAGACCAGAUAUAACCCAUCAGUGUCUAUUAAUGCUUAUGGACAGUCCUUUAAACAGAGCUGGUUUACUGCAAGUGUAUAUUCACACAGAAAAGAAUGUUUUAAUAGAAAUUAAUCCACAAACAAGGAUACCACGUACAUUUAAGCGCUUUGCUGGACUAAUGGUACAAUUACUUCACAAGUACAACGUUCGUGCAUCCGAUGGACCUAUGAAGUUACUUAAAGUUAUUAAAAAUCCUUUAACAGACCAUUUACCAGUGGGAUGUAAAAAAAUAGCCAUGUCAUUUAGCUCUAAUAAAAUGAUGCAUCCAAGAGAUUUUGUUCCUGAGAACGAACCUAUAGCAAUAAUUGUCGGAGCUAUGGCGCAUGGUCAAGUGAAAACCGAUUAUACAGAAGAAACUUUUUCCAUUAGUAACUAUCCACUUUCUGCCGCUAUAACUUGUACAAAAUUAUGUUCAGGAUUUGAAGAAAUUUGGGGAAUACAGUAAUUUU